AUGCCAAGCGCCGUCGCCCGCACACGACAUGCAAACGCUCCAGACAACCACCACCUGGACUUCCUCCAGUUUCAAAAAGCCAAGCAGCUUGAAAAAGCAGCAAAGCCUGCGCCGCUCUCGGCCGAGCAGCAUGCCGCGAAUCGGGAGUGUCUCAGCACUGUUCAAUUCGUGCAGCCGAAUUACUCUGCCGAAACGGAGAUCAACGUCUCCGGCAUCUUGGGAAGAUGGAAACGCUACUGCAAUGAGAUGAAUGUCGGCGACUGGCGAGCCACGAUUGCUAACCUGAGCCGCGCCACUACGAUGGAUUUUUUUCUCUUCGUCUGCGGCAACUACAAAGUGCGAUCGUGGGGCUCUUCAGGGGAGUACAUCCGCCAGUUCCAGCAGCUCUACACGACUGUCACAGGGCGCUACAUGGAUAGAAAUGAUGCGAAGGAAGUCUACAAGGUAUGGAAACCCGCUGAGCUGAGCUCCCAAUCAUGCGUGUUGACCACAGCCCAGUACCACCGAACUGUCUUAAUACCUCGCUUCCAUCUCCGAGCACCGAAUAUAGACGGCAAGCCAGUCCUGAAUGUCGACAGUCUUCGGGUCAUUCUGACGUUCAACAUCGCGUACGACACGAGCGUAUUCAGCCUUGGGCGGCAUCGCAUCCAGCUGGCCGGCUGCUAUCAGCUCCUGUGUUACACUGGAGCACGACCUGCAGAGUUGGUGGACAACGAGAGGAAGGGCCCGAAGGAUGGCUCCAGAGAAAUACUCUUUGGGCAGAAAGUCAUACAAGAAGCGGACAGCGACGGCAGCGCGGACCGGACGCUAGACAAGCGUUCCAAAGAACUCAACAAGAUGCUCCUACGAGAGACAACGAAGAGAGGCCGUCCUAAAGCUCUCUGCUAUGAGGACAUUCUUUUGAUGCUAGUGCGACACCCCGCUACAGGAAAGCCUGUCCUGGCCAUGGCCAUUAAAUUCAUCCACCACAAAGGAGCAGACAACAAGCCGAAGCCGACGAUUUUUUUCUUCACGCCUACUAGGAAGCUGAUAUUUGACGCGGUCAUGGUUAUCGUCGCGCUGGCCCUGCAUGACCAUGCGUUCGAUGCGUCGUGCCUAACCGAUGCCAAUAGUCUGCUCUCGAAGGAUGUUUGGGGUCCUCAGGAUUGCAUGCCAAUCCGCUGGAAAAAGGAGAAAUUGAAAGUCCCUGUUUUUCGCCGCAUCAACGGUGCAACGUUGUCUGAAAACGAGGCGAUGCUCUACUCUAAGCUGAAUUAUGAUAUGGGCCGGCAGAGCCUGGAGUCCGGCCAUGAGAAGGCUUGGACGCCCAGGUUUGCCCGGCGAGGUGCGGCGAACGCCGCAAAUGGCGACGCACCGGAUUCGGUCCGCGAUCAGAUGAUGCGGCAUGACCCUCAAUUCGCCACAUUUUUCUCUGCGUAUCUGAACGAGAUUGCCAACUUUGAUCUCCAGAAUGCCUUCCUGGAGGAGGAGAAGCAAAGUCAGCUCUUUCGCAUGUUUGCACAUGUGAGCUUCACCCGCGACCCUCGUGCCGUUCGGGAUAUGGUGCCUGAUGCAGUAUGGGCGAAUCAACCUCCCGACCCCGAGAUUGUGGAGUUGGAGGAGGAGCGCACAAAGCUUAAGCAGGGAAGGUAUCGAAUUGAGGAUAGUCAGCAUGAGGAGAGAAUACGAACGCUCACGGACGAGAUCAGAAACAAGCGGACACAGCGCGAUAGAAUGACUGUGAAAGAAUACCGCGAAUACUAUUUCUACAACCGUCCCACCUGGGACAUUGAGGCCCAAGCCCGCGGCGAGGUGGACGAAGAAUUCGAGCAGCCAGCAAUUGACCUUGUCAUACCGGAACAGGCAAGAUUGGCCGAAAUUCUGUGCCUGCAGCCCGAUGGCUGGACAGAUGAUGAGCUUUUCAAAUACAGAGUUGAGGCCAUAGACUUGAUGGUGGCUCUUUGUGAUAAGAAGGAAACAGGCAAAACUAGACGCGCGCAGCGGCCAGCCAGGAUCGAGGCUUCUAUCAAGCAAGAGUCGCCGGAAAGUGACGCAUCGUCGGAACUAGAUUUCGGGCCGGAUCCUUUCCCACUGCUUAUGGAAACAACGCAAUGCCCAGACUGCAUUGGUGACGAGCAGAUGCCGGUCGAGGCGCGGAAGUUUAAGUAUUGCCGUCCGCCGGUACUGAAUGACCACUUUGACGACGAGCACUUGGGCCGCCGAGAGACAGCCGAGCGACGUGGUGAGGCGAUCUGGUGUGGCCAUCCGAAAUGCAGGCAGGAGAAGUUUGACCACGUGGACCAUUUUCGAGGUCAUGUUGAGCGAGUACAUGGAGUGAGCCUCAGGUCAUCGGACCAAGUCGCAAAGAGGAGACAAAGGCAGGCGGCGCGCCGUGAAAAGGCACACAGAGGACGGCAGCAGAAGAAACUCGCAAAGAUGGCCGCCGUUAGAAUGUGA